GAGUUAACCAUAAACAACACGGUUCUAGUCAAUUGGCCUCUUGGGGUCGUUAGCAUUGAGCUGGGUUUCCUUUCUACAAUUUCCAGUGCUGCUCGCAAGUCAAAGCCAGUGCAGAAUGAGUAAUCGCAACUUCGCAAUAGCGGAGCAGUCAAACACGAAAUGGUCUUCAAGAAGAGUGGCAAUCUCGUUAUUAACUACAAAUCUCAAGCUCAAUUAAUCAACCCAGCUCGUGUCUUGACCUACGUGCUUCCUUUCAUUUUCACAUUCCUAUAUAAACCCUAGAAUACGAACCUCGACUCACUUCAGAGUCCUUCUCCAAACUAAUUUGGAACCCAACCACAUGGCUCGCUCCUCCCACCAGCCACCGUCGACCACCGUCGAUUAUGACUCCUCCGCUUCUAUCUCUGGCGUCCACCCCGAUAUAAUACAAACCCACAUCCUCACCCGCCUCGACGGCCCCACUCUCGCCUCCGCAGCAUGCACCUCCUCCCAGCUCCAUUCCCUCGCCUCCGACCACAGCCUCUGGGCCAAUAUCUGCCACUCCACGUGGCCCUCCACCACUGCCCCACGUCUCCGCCAGCUCAUCUCUUCCUUCCCUGACGGCGCCUUCUCUUUCUUCUCCGACUCCUUCCCCCUCCUCGCCAACAUAGACUCCUCCUUCUCCGCUUCCGCCGGUGAUCAACACAACCGUCCGAGUGAAUUAAUCUCCGCCGUCGAUAUCUACCACGGAGACAAGCUCAUCUUCAGCAAGGUCAUGGAGACGGAGACGGAGACCGGCUGGUUCAUGUGCUCGCCUUUCAGGGUUGACCUGCUGGAACCCAAGGACGUGGUGCCGACUCCGGUGAAUUACCCGGAGGCCGAAACCUGUCGUGAUCUUGGGGAGGAGCUCCGGCUGAGCUGGAUCCUGAUCGACCCCGUCGGCCGCCGAGCCAUGAACCUCUCCAGCCACACGGCGGUUUCUGUGCAGCGCCACUGGCUGAGUGGUGAGGUGCACGCGCGGUUCGCGUCUAUUCUCACCGGCGAGAGAGGGACGGCGUCGGAGUUCGUGCAGUGCGGGGUGGUGGUGACGUGCGGGGCUGGGGCGGAGGGAGGGGAGUUGCAGGUGAGGGAGGUGAGUUUGCAGGUGGAGGACAUGGAUGGAAUGCAUUUAAACGGGAAGGACAGUUUAAUUAUUUUGGAGAGGGGGUUGGAGGGGAGGAAGGGAAGGAAGGGGCGGAGGAGGGAGGAGGAGGGGAGGAGGAGAUACGAAGAGUACUUGGAGAGGAAGAGGGAAAGGAAGGAGAAGAAGAUGAGGACAGAAGGGACCUUAGAUACUUUGUGCGUCACUUUUGGGGUUUUGGGAUUUUUUCUAUUUUGGUUAUUUAUUUUGUGCAGAUGAUCUGCGUGACACUUUUUUAUCUUCUCGAAUUCGAUUUGUUCUUCAAAAUGUCGUUGAAAACAAGAUAUACAAAUACUCGAUUAACUCUA